AUGAAGCUCCUGUCUGUUGCCCCUCUCCUCCUGCUUCUCCUGAUGAUGCUGGAAGCCAGACCAAAACCUGCAGGCUUGGCCCUGAAGUGCAGGACGGGUCCCCUGGACAUCGUGUUUGUGAUCGACAGCUCCCGCAGUGUGCGCCCCUUCGAGUUCGAGACCAUGCGGCGGUUCAUGAUGGACAUCAUCGGCAGCCUGGACGUGGGCCCCAAUGCCACGCGGGUGGGGGUGAUCCAGUACUCCAGCCAGGUCCAGAACAUCUUCUCCCUCAAGACCUUCUUCACACAGGCAGACAUGGAGAAGGCCAUCAACAGCAUCGUCCCGCUGGCCCAGGGCACCAUGACAGGGCUGGCCAUCCAGUACGCCAUGAACGUGGCCUUCACCACGCAGGAGGGCGCACGCCCUCUGCACAAGAAGAUCCCCCGCAUCGCCAUCAUUGUGACGGACGGACGGCCCCAGGACCGCGUCACCGAGGUGGCCACCCAGGCCCAGAAUGCUGGCAUCGAGAUCUAUGCCGUGGGCAUCCAGCGGGCAGACAUGAACUCGCUGCGGGCCAUGGCCUCACCACCGCUGGAGGAGCACGUCUUCCUGGUGGAGUCCUUCGAGCUCAUCCAGCAGUUUGGGAAGCAGUUCCAGGACAAGCUCUGUGCCGUCGAUGCCUGUGCAGACGGGAGACAUGGCUGUCAGCACCAGUGCAUCAGCACUCGUGGGUCGUACUCGUGCCGCUGCCGUGCGGGUUACUACCUCAACCAGGACAAGAGGAGCUGCACUAUGAUUGAUUACUGCAGCUUCGGAAACCACAGCUGCCAGCAUGAGUGCGUGAGCAUCCCCAACGGGCACUACUGCCGCUGCCGCAGCGGGUUCACACUGCAGCCCGACAGCAGGUCCUGCAGGGCCACUGACCUCUGCAACGGGGUGGAUCACGGCUGUGAGUUCAAGUGCGUGAGCACUGAGGGCUCCUACCGCUGCGUGUGCCCCGAGGGCCAGCAGCUCCAGGCUGACGGCAAGGCGUGCAGCAAGUGUGGGGCCGGGCAUGUCGACCUGGUGAUGGUGAUUGACGGCUCCAAGAGCGUCCGGCCCCAAAACUUCGAGCUGGUGAAGCAGUUUGUGAACCGCAUCGUGGACCUGCUGGAGGUGUCCCCUCACGGCACGCGCGUGGGGCUGGUGCAGUACUCCAGCCGCGUCCGCACUGAGUUCCCCCUCAACAAAUACCACAGUGCAGAUGAGAUCAAGAAGGCAGUGAUGGAGGUGGAGUACAUGGAGAAAGGCACCAUGACGGGCCUCGCCCUCAAGCACAUGGUGGAGCACAGCUUCUCCGAGCUGGAAGGUGCCAGGCCUCUCUCCCACAGCGUGCCCAGAAUCGGGCUCGUCUUCACAGAUGGGCGCUCCCAGGAUGACAUCUCCGAAUGGGCCAGGAGAGCAAAAGAGUCAGGGAUCAUCAUGUUUGCUGUGGGUGUCGGCAAGGCUGUGGAAGAGGAGCUGAAAGCGAUCGCCUCCGAGCCGGUGGAGCAGCACUUCUCCUACUCGGCAGACUUCACCACCAUGACCCACCUCGUGGAGAACUUCAAGCUGAACAUCUGCCCAGAGGAGGGCAAAGGGGAGAUGGAGAUCCGCAGCCCAUGCGAGUGCGAGGCACUGGUGCAGUUCCAGACGAACACCGUGGCCAUCCUGCAGAGCCUGACCGAGAAAAUUGCUCAGAUGACGGCCAGACUCGAAGACUUGGAAAAGCAAAUUGCCAACAAGAAGUGA